AUGGCAGCCGUGUUCGUGGGGAGACAGGCAGAGGGAGCUGUGCGGGAGGAACCGGCGGCGAGGCAGCCCCGGCUCCGGCUGCAGGGGAGGAGGCGGCUGCCGGCGCUCGCCCUCCGCCCUCCUCCAUCCCUGCAUCCCUCCCUCGCUCGCCAUGCUGAGCCCGCGCUGAGCCCCCAGCGCCCCGGGGACCGCCAUCCCCAGGGGCCUGCCUGGCAUGGAGGUGCUGGCCGCGGGGAGCCGGAUGCUUCCCGCGGGCUGCAUCCCCCGUGCCCCGCAUCCCUGUGCCCGCAUCCCCCGUGCCCCGCGUCCCCCCGCCCCGGCACAGCCCUGAGCCGCUCGGCAGCCGCCUCCUUUGUGCGGCGGAGCGGCUGUGCGGGCUCCGUCCCCCUCCGCACCCCCCGGCUCGGGGGUGGCCCGCGGGCGAGCGGGAGAGAUGCUGCCCUCGCCGGAGGAGCCCAGCGCGGCAGGUCGGCGGCCAGAAGCAGCCCCGGCCGUCAUCGCCCACCACGGUGCUCCCAACCCCGCUGGAGCGCCGGGGAAGGAUGGGACCAGCGGCACGGGCAUCAGCCUGCACCCGGCAUCAGCCUCACCCUCCAUCCCGGCAUCAGCCUGCACCCCGGCAUCAGCCUGCACCCCGGCAUCACCCUCACCCUGCACCCUGGCAUCACCCUUACCCUCCAUCCCGGCAUCAGCCUGCACCCCGGCAUCACCCUCACCCUCCAUCCCGGCAUCACCUCCACCCCGCAGCAGCCCCCACCAGGUCCCCUCUCCAUCCCCCCUCCCUCUCCAGCCAGGCAGGGGAGCUGCCUGCCGCUGGUGUUUUUUGGGGGGUGGCGCCCGGUGCCGCUCGAUGCUGACACCCCCCCAGGACUGCCGGAUCCCCCGCGCUCCAUCCCGGGCCGUCCCCACGCCAUGUCCCAGCGGAGCCGCCACCCCUCUGCCGGGGGCUGCCCGGCCGGCCCCGCGCGUCCCCGGAGCCUCGGCGCCGCGCCAUGA